CAGAUCUCACACCACUGUGAAAGGUUAGCCCACAUCACCAAUGUCUAUCAUACAGAGAAAGAAUUGUUAACGAGGCUAUUAGAGAAGAUUUCGCACCGUCUGCUCGGCUACAAUAUUGCUCCAAGGAGGGUUCAUGUAUCCUCUUGUGUAGUAGGAAACUACUUGUCCCUCUAUCCUCAAGACUCUCAUCGUGGAAACUACCAAACACAUCCGCAAAGAUGAUGGGCUACGAUGACGACGACGGCAUGGGAAGCCGCCUCUUCGAACACCGGGCAAGCGACACCCACAGAAUGGUCUCGAAAUCAGACCUUGUCUUCUAUAACCCCCAAACCCAGCUCCUCGGCAUGCGAAUGUACUCCUACGCCACCAAAGGCGCCGUUCCCGAACGCGGCAGCAUGGUCGUCUACAUUGACGGCGCCUGCCGCAACAACGGCACCCCCUCGGCGCAAGCAUCGUGGGGUGUGUACUUUGGUCCCGGGUCAAGGUACAACGCCUGCGGGUUGCUUUCUCCAGACCUCCCGCAGACAAAUUCCCGGGCCGAGAUUGAGGCGCUUGUGCAGGGGUUGAGGAUCAUUUGUGAUAUUACGGCGAGGGAUUACUCAUUGAGCCGGAUCAAGAUUGUGACGGACUCAGAGUAUCUUGCAAGUGCCAUGUCGCUUUGGAUUGGGGAGUGGAUCGAGAAUGAGGGGCUGAAUGCGAGGGGGAAGAGGGUUGCGCAUUUCGAGGUGUUGAGAGAGUUGCAUGAGCAGUUGGAUGAGAUGACCUACGGGGAUGAUGGGGGGAGGGAUAUCAUGUUUUGGGCUGUGCCGAGGGAGGACAAUACGGAGGCGGAUGCGUUGGCUAAUCAGGCAUUUCCAAAUAGUCGUAGGACGUUUUGAUGAAGAUGGAGUUUGUAACUUAUAGAGCUUUUGAUGAAAGAUUAUCUGCCCUUUACCAGAUUUUGGAAAGUCGUUGGGAGCUACGCAACUGACUUGACGGGUUCGUGAACACGGUGGAUUGUUCCCGUCGACUAUAUCCUAUUUCUUCGUUCUAGAUGGCUUAAGUUAGUGUUAGCUACUCUCAAACCACUUUAUAUGCCCAUCGC